AUGAGUUUCGGAAAUGUCCAGAAUCAUUCCGAGCUGGUCCCUGGAUCGUCUCCUGCGGCCGACAACUUUCAAGAACCGUGGAAAAUUCUGGAUCCUCGAAACGACUCACGUCCCACAAACUGCCACGGCGGCUCGGAUCUAUCAAACGUGACUUUUUACGCCAACAGCAGUGACGCCGACGCUCGGAUCUUUGGCGCCGGCUGCGGCUCGCACAAAAACUGGUCUGCGUUACUGAUCCUGUUUGUGAUCGCCGUGACCGUCAUGGGGAAUAUUUUGGUGAUUUUGGCCGUUUCGUUGGAGAAAAAGCUGCAAAACGCCACAAACUACUUCCUGAUGUCGCUGGCGGUCGCCGACAUGCUGCUGGGGAUCCUGGUGAUGCCCGUCUCCAUGGUGACCAUCCUGUACGAUUACGCGUGGCCCCUCCCCUCCGUCCUCUGCCCCGUGUGGAUCUACCUGGACGUGCUCUUCUCCACGGCGUCCAUCAUGCAUCUCUGCGCCAUUUCUCUGGACCGUUACGUCGCCAUCAGGAGCCCGCUGCACCACAGCCGCUUCAACUCGCACACCAAAGCCCGCGCCAAGAUCGCCACCGUGUGGACCAUCUCCGUCGGUAUCUCCAUGCCCAUCCCGGUGCUCGGUCUCCGUGAUCACUCUAAAGUGUUUAAAGAUGGCAGCUGCCUCCUGACAGACGACAGUUUCGUGCUGGUGGGGUCGUUCGUGGCGUUCUUCGUCCCUCUGACCAUCAUGGUGGUCACGUACUUCCUGACCAUCAGCGCUCUGCAGAACGAGGCCACGCUGUGUCUGGACCGGCUCGUCCCGCGGCCCAAGUGGAGCGCGACUUUUACGCUCAGCUUUUUACCUCAAGCUUCGGUCUCGUCGGAGAAACUGUUUCGCCGAUGGUCGACCAGAGAAUCUCGACGUAACAGCGUCUCGACGCCGCCGUACGGACGCCGCACGAUGCAGUCCAUCAGCAACGAGCAGAAGGCGUCCAAGGUCCUGGGGAUCGUGUUUUUCCUGUUCGUGGUCAUGUGGUGCCCGUUCUUCAUCACAAACGUGCUGGUCGUCGUUUGCCGCUCGGAGGCGUGCGACCCCGACGUCAUGUCCGGCCUCCUGAACGUCUUCGUCUGGGUGGGAUACUUGUCGUCCGCCGUGAACCCGCUCGUCUAUACGUUAUUUAACAAAACGUACCGCGCCGCCUUUUCGCGCUACGUUCGGUGUCGUUAUCACCCGGAGAAAAAGCCGCUGCAGCUGAUCCUCGUGAACACGAUCCCGCCGUUAGCGUACAGCUCCACGCAGCUGCCGCUGGGGGACAUCAGGACGCUGCGAAACGGCGUCGGGACGUUCAGAAACGAGAGCAAAGUCUGA